AUGUCGGCCACAGGUGCCAAGGUCGGACAAGGCUUGGCAGCAGUUCUGGGUAUCAAGCUACGCAACAAUGAGCCCUACCAGGACGAGGUGACUCGAGGCGAAUCCAUCCUUUCAGUGCAGACUGCCGAUACCUUUGUCGAAACGAGGCCGACAACAAAGGAAUUUUUCCAGGAGCUGGUGCCAAGCGGAAAGGAUGUUGCUACCUACACGAGGUCAUUGUUUCCUUUUCUUGAUUGGAUAGGAAAAUACAACCUGCAAUGGCUUCUUGGUGAUCUUGUUGCCGGCAUCACCAUCGGCGCCGUGGUGGUUCCGCAAGGCAUGGCAUACGCCAUUCUCGCCAACCUGGAGCCGCAAUUUGGUCUGUACUCUUCGUUUAUGGGAGUUUUGAUUUACUGGUUCUUCGCGACAUCCAAAGACAUUACCAUAGGUCCUGUUGCCGUCAUGUCAACACUCGUUGGUGGCAUCGUCAUUGAGAUGAAGGAAAAGUUCCCGGACGUCCCUGGGCACGUAGUCGCAUCCGCCUUGUCAAUCAUCACAGGUGCCAUCGUCCUCUUCCUCGGCCUCACAAGAACAGGCUUCAUUGUCGACCUGAUCAGCUUGACGAGUUUGUCGGCUUUCAUGACAGGCAGUGCCAUCAGCAUCGUCAUCGGUCAGAUCCCAACCAUGAUGGGAAUUUCGGGCGUCUCAACUCGUGAUGCGUCUUAUCUGGUUCUGAUCAACACACUAAAGAAUCUCGGAACGACCAAACUCGAUGCGGCCAUGGGGUUGACGGCCUUGGCGAUGCUCUACAUAAUCAGGUCGGCUUGUUCAUUUGCGGCUAAGAAGUGGCCCGAGAAGCAGAAGCUCUACUUCUUCUUGGGAACACUCAGGACUGUGUUUGUGAUCCUGCUGUACACCAUGAUUAGUUGGUUGGUGAACAUGAACCACCGAUCGAACCCCAAGUUCAAGAUCCUGAAGGACAUUCCUGGAGGAUUUCAAUAUGCCUCAGUACCCGUCGUGGAAGCUCGAGUUGUUGGUGCAUUGGCCAGCAAUCUCCCCGCCGCCGUUAUUGUUCUUCUGAUAGAGCACAUCGCCAUCUCCAAGUCCUUUGGUCGCGUGAACAACUACAGCAUCAACCCGUCACAAGAGAUGGUCGCUAUUGGUGUAACUAACCUCCUUGCCCCUUUUCUGGGCGGUUACCCGUCGACCGGAUCCUUUAGCCGAACGGCCAUCAAAUCAAAGGCAGGUGUGCGCACUCCUUUUGCGGGAGUCAUCACUGCCGUCGUGGUGCUGUUGGCCAUCUACGUCCUGCCACCCGUCUUUUUCUACAUCCCCAGUGCAUCGCUCGCUGCCGUCAUUAUCCACGCCGUCGGUGAUUUGAUCACGCCCCCGAAUACCUUGUACCAGUUCUGGUGCGUGUCGCCGAUCGAAGUAGUGAUAUUCUUUAUCGGUGUCAUCAUCACCGUCUUCUCCACCAUCGAAAACGGCAUCUACGCCACCGUAGCCAUCUCGGCGGCGAUCCUCCUCGGCCGCAUCCUCAAGGCGCGCGGCCGCUUCCUCGGCCCCGUCAGGGUGCACUCGAUCCUCGACGACAGGAUCAUCGGCGACGAUCACCGCGAGUACGGCACCUUUGGCCAAAGCGCAACCGGCACCGGCGGCGCCUCGACCAGAAACAUCUUCCUGCCCAUCGACCACGGCGACGGCUCCAACCCUGACGUCGAGGUCGAGAGCCCCUACCCUGGCGUCUUCAUCUACCGCUUCACCGAAGGGUUCAGUUACCCCAACGCCUCGCACACGCUCGAGUACCUGACGCGGUACGUGUUUUCGCACACGCGCCGCACGAACCUGACCCAGUACGCCCGUCCGGGCGACCGGCCGUGGAACGACCCGGGUCCGUCGAAGCGCGAGCUGAAGAAGGCGCAGCGCAGCGGCGGGAACCUGCACAUCGCGGGCGAGAACCCGGACCUGCCCACGCUCAAGGCCAUAAUCCUCGACUUCAGCAGCGUCAACCACGUCGACGUCAGCAGCGUGCAGCAGCUCAUCGACGUGCGCAACCAGCUGGACCGCUACGCCGCACCGGACCCCGUCGACUGGCACAUCGCCUGCAUCGGGAACCGGUGGACGAAGCGCGCGCUCGUCGCUGGCGGUUUCGGAUACCCGACCCCUCGCGACGAGGGCCAGCACAGGUGGAAGUCCAUUUUCUCGGUCGCGGAGAUUGGGGGCAGCGACAGCGCGGCUGCGGUGGCGGAGAAGGAGCAGGAGCAGGAGAGGAGGCACGCCACCAUGAACGACGGCGAGGACUUGGAGAAGGGUGUUGGUGCGCCGGUACACAAGACAUCGGACGGGACGGAGACGCCCAGGACCAAGGCCAGCUCGACCGAGACGGACCGGCCUGCUGCGGCGUCCGGUACGGGGCUGAAGGGCCUGAGGCCGGCGGCGCGUGCCGUUGCAGUUCAUGGGCUGAACAGGCCGCUGUUCCAUGUUGAUCUGACGAGCGCGUUGCAGUCUGCCAUUGCCAACAUUGAGGCUAGGAGAAGCGGAGAUGGGUUGUGA